GAACUACCUUUAAUAAUGAGUACUUUCAAAAUUGCAGUUCAUUCGGCACCACGACCUUCAGCAUGCAGUGGAAUAACUGUUGGAGUUGCAUCUGAAAGUUAUAUUGAAGACGAGCUUGGGAUGACCCGUUGUCCGUCGCACAGUUGUGGCUGCGAACAGAAAGUUACCUGUCUACACAGAGGAGGCUCAUGCACAUGCACUUGCGCGACAAAAUACGAACACUGCUCGCGUCCAUGGAAAUCUACUUGCCCCGUUGUCUAUUGCCGUGGCGAACAUACAAGAAGGUGCUUGUGUACCUGUGUUACACCGCCGCCUGUCCAUUCUCCGAGUCGGCCCUGCUGUAACCGAGUACCCACACCAUCCUCAAACUCACCUUGUUGCCAAAAUGGGGGCAUAGUCAACACCGCUCCAGUUCAAUCCCGGCCCUGCUGUAAGCCAAUUUCUGGUGGCCGUUGAAUUAUCAAAGAAAGUGCAACAAGCAAUUUCAAUAAAUGUGACACCCAGGAAA